AUGUCAGUACAGAUUUUAGGUGAUCAGGCCACCGAAGAAAGGGCAGAGAACGCCCGUAUGUCGGCCUUUGUUGGUGCGAUUGCCGUUGGUGAUUUGGUUAAGUCCACCUUGGGACCAAAGGGAAUGGAUAAAUUAUUGCAAAGUUCAACUGAUCCAGAUAAAGCAUUAAUUACUAAUGACGGUGCUACUAUUUUAAAGUCAAUUCCAUUGGACAAUCCAGCAGCAAAAGUCUUGGUGAACAUUUCCAAAGUGCAAGAUGAUGAAGUUGGUGAUGGUACUACAUCGGUUACGGUGUUGAGUGCCGAAUUAUUAAGAGAAGCUGAAAAAUUAAUUGACAAGAAAAUUCACCCACAAACUAUUAUUGAAGGUUUCAGAAUUGCUAGAAAUACUGCCAUUGAAGGACUAGAUAAAGUAAGUGUGAAUAAUGGAUCAAAUCCAACCAUUUUCAGAAAUGAUUUAAUUAAUAUUGCUAAAACAACCUUAUCUUCGAAAAUUUUAUCUCAAGAUAAAGAUUAUUUUGCUAAUUUAGCAGUUGAUGCUAUAUUGAGAUUAAAGGGGUCCACCAAUCUAAACAAUAUACAAAUCAUUAAAAAAGUUGGUGGUAAAUUAUCUGAUUCAUUUUUAGAUGAAGGUUUUAUCUUGGAAAAAAAAUUUGGUAUAAAUCAGCCUAAAAAAAUUAAUAAUGCUAAAAUUUUAAUUGCAAAUACUUCAAUGGAUACUGAUAAAGUUAAGAUUUUUGGGGCAAAAUUCAAGGUUGAUUCAACUUCAAAAUUAGCUGAUUUAGAAAAAGCUGAAAAAUUGAAAAUGAAGAAUAAAGUGGAAAAAAUUAAAAAAUUUGGUAUUAAUACUUUUAUUAAUAGACAAUUAAUCUAUGAUUAUCCAGAACAGUUAUUCACUGAUGCUAAAAUAAAUUCAAUUGAACACGCUGAUUUUGAUGGUAUUGAAAGAUUAGCUUUAGUUACUGGUGGUGAAGUUGUUUCUACUUUUGAUGAUCCUGAAAAAGUUAAAUUAGGUUAUUGUGAUUUAAUUGAAGAAAUUUUAAUUGGUGAAGAUGUUUUCACCAAAUUUAGUGGUGUCGCCGCUGGUGAAGCUUGUACUAUAGUUUUAAGAGGUUCUACCGAUCAAGCUUUAGAUGAAGCUGAAAGAUCUUUACAUGAUGCUUUAUCAGUUUUAUCUCAAACUACUAAAGAAACCAAAACUUGUUUAGGUGGUGGAUGUUCUGAAAUGAUUAUGUCAAAAGCAGUUGAUCAAGCUGCUGCAAAUGUAAAUGGUAAAAAAUCUUUAGCCAUUGAAGCUUUUGCAAGAGCUUUAAGAGCUUUACCAACCAUUUUAGCUGAUAACGCUGGGUUUGAUUCAAGUGAAUUAAUUUCAAAAUUAAGAUCUGCAAUCUAUAAUGGUAUGACUACUUCUGGUUUAGACUUAAAUAAUGGUGAAGUUGCUGAUAUGAAAGAUUUAGGAAUUGUUGAAUCUUAUAAAUUGAAAAGAGCAGUUGUUUCUUCUGCUGCUGAAGCUGCCGAAGUUUUAUUAAGAGUUGAUAAUAUCAUUCGUGCUAAACCUCGUACUGCUGAUAGAAAUCAUUAA